AUGAAUAUAGACAAUCAAUUAGUCCAUGAGCACUUUGAAACUCAUCUAAUUAAUGAGAUUGACAAGAAUGGUUAUUUGGUCAAUAAUGUGGAUAUAGAAAAUGAAUUGGAAGGGAAUAUUGUCGCGAGUGUGAAUUUCGAAUGUCAUGAAGAUGAAAACGAACAUGACGAUAAUAUUGUGGGAAAAGUUUUUGACACGCCUGAAGAUACUUAUGCGUUUUAUAAUCGAUAUGCUCUGCUUCAUGGAUUUGGUAUACGUAUUCAUUGGGAUUUUAAAAAUAAGAUAACAAAGGAGAUUUAUCGAAAGAUAUUCGUGUGCAAUAAAGAAGGUUUUAAAAGGCUCAAAUCUGGAACCUGUGGGAAAAGCAGAAGAGAAUUAAGGGUCGGUUGUAAAGCAAAAUUUCGGAUUUCAAAAACAAAAGAUGCGAAAUGGAUUGUGGAUAUGUUUGAUGAUACACAUAAUCAUGAAUUGACAAAAUCACCAGCAAAGGUCAUUAAACAUCGUUCUCACAGUAAGCUUCAUCGCUCCAUGGCUUGUAAAUCUCUUAUGUUGGACCUUGGUAAGUCCGGGUUGAGACCUUCAAACAUUAAGAAAGCUAUAAAUGCAAUGAAAUAUCCUUUUGAAGCCAAUAUUACCUCAAAGCAAUGUGUUGAUGUCUUGUCCCAACAAAGGAAACAAUACAAAGAUGGAAGAUCAAGAGAUGCUUAUCUUAAAUUUGGAGAUGUCGUUGUCUUUGAUGUUACAUACAUGACCAAUAGAUUUAGGUUGCCAUUUGCUCCAUUUGUUGGGGUGAAUCAUCAUGGACAGUCUAUUCUUUUUGGUGGUGCAUUACUAGAGAAUGAAAAGGAAGAGUCCUUUCAAUGGUUAUUUAAGCAUUUCUUGAAAUGCAUGUUUAAUAAGUAUCCCUCUGCAAUAAUAACCGAUCAAGACAAAGCAAUAGGCAAUGCAAUCUCCACGGUGUUUCCAAACACUCGCCGUCGCUAUUGUGUAUGGCACAUUAAGAGGCAUCGGUUGGAACAUCUUCGACCAUUUUCUAGCAGACAUAGUGAUUUCCAAGAAUCUUAUAAUCGGUGGGUAAACAGUGAUACAAUUGAAGAAUUUGAAACUCACUGGCCUACUAUAUGUGAUAAGUAUAACCUCGAAAGUAGUGGAUGGAUGAUGGAUAUGUAUAACCAACGAAGAAGUUGGGUUAAAGCAUUUUGGAAUGAUAUCUUUCUGGCUGGAAUGACCACUAGCCAACGAAGUGAAAGUAUCCAUUCUUAUUUUGACGGAUAUGUUAAUUCAAAUACCAUGUUGAAUGAAUUCGUUAUCCAAUAUGAUAAAGUUGUUGCUGAUCGAAGAGCUGCCGAAGAAGAUGAAGACUUUCAUACAAUGAACACGAUGCCGGUUCUUUCAUCUUGUCAUCCAAUAGAAGCAAAAGUAGGUAAAUGUUAUACUAAAAGGAUAUUCGAGGUUUUCAAAAAAGAAUGGACUGAUGCAACGAGUAAUAUAACUCACGAGACUUUAAGCAAGAGUCUAGAACUAACCAUUUAUAGAGUUGGUCACUUAAAUGCUGAGAAAAAAUAUUGGAAAGUUGUUAAAUUUCAGUCACUAAACGAGGUGGAAGUGACAUGUUCAUGUUCUAUGUUUGAAACCUUCGGGAUUUUAUGCAAGCAUAUCCUAUAUGUGAUGAAAAAGAAGCAUGUUGAAAUCCUUCCUGAUCGUUAUAUCUUACCAAGGUGGACACUUGAUUCUAGAUACAAGGUUAGUAAUGGUAGCAUUGGACUAGAGGAAAAAGAUUGUGAAAAUGAAGUGAGCGCCUUAACCUUGUGGUGUGUGCAUGGCAACUACACCAAAGCGAUCGACCAAGCAAGAGACUCUCCUGUUGAGAUAAAAUGA